AUGCUUACGGGCAGCAAAGGAAUCGUUGAAUUCGCUUCUAUUUCCUCGUCAUUAGAAAAGGCGCUCGAGCAGCUGCUUGCUAAAAGUGCAAAGGAUUGGCAGGGCCCUAAUGACGAACUGCUGUCCACUGCGGAUCGGUGUUUUUACUACGAACUCAUAAAGGAAUUGACACAGGCGAAGGUCCAUAUUCGUUCGACAGCGACACAUGAAGAGAGCAUCCAUGAUGUAUCCCGGAAAAAAGCCAAACUAUAUCGUCUCUUAAGUCAGGAGGAGCUUGUUAACAAAAUUUGGAACAUUAUUGCAAAUCGCAUUGACCAGUGUGCAGACGAGGCGAUCUCCCACUUCAUUGAAGAGCUGGCAUUGGAAACUCAUUUUGAAGCUGGCUUUGUGCGAUUAUGGCCUGCAUGCUAUCUUGGAUCAUUCGAGUACAAGAAGAGGGCCAUGGCCGAAGCUUUCAAUUGCUUGACCGAAAGCUUCCCCGUUGUUUUGGCUGGAGCUCCGGGCGUUAGUGAUGUGUGCGAAUUUGCCGACUACCGCUUGAUUGAAGCGGGGAUCGCAGUGAUUGGCGACAGACUUCAUUGGACCAUAACCGAACUAUUUAGAUGCCUGAGGAGGUUGCUCUGUGAGAAUUCGGAUGAAAUUAUGUCAGAUAAACAUCGGGAUCAUUUCGAAUGCCUAAAAACCUUUUUGCGCAUAAUGCAGAAGUGCCCCUUAGUGUUGCCGAGGGAACAAAGGGCAUUAUUAAAGAAACUAUAUUUUGAUGACCUCAGGGCGACUCUUCUGCUCUCGGAAAUUCCCGUCGACUACGAAUACCUUUCAAAGGUGAAGUCUAUUAUUAUAAGGGAGAAACAGGUAACUUCUUGCUGCAUGUCGGACUACGAUGUGCUCGAGGUCAAGCGACUGAUUGUUGAUAGAUACAUUCUUGGAGCGUCGCACCUGGGAAACAUUGUGGCGACAUAUGCAUUAACGACGGGUUACGAGCAUGAGUUCAGUCUUUUAAAACUAGCUCAUAAAUCCGCAGACAAGUCUCAGGAUCUUUAUAGCUCACUGUCUUCUGAAGCGCUGGCGCAAUUCAGAGCCUCUUUUCAAAAAACCCGUGAUUUGGACAAAAUUCUGGACUACUGUGGUUCAUUAUAUGCUUUGAACGAUCUUCAGUGUGAGGAAAUGGUGAAAAACACUCUACGAACGAUUUUCGAUGGAGAGUUAAGAGUACUCGAGCCUUUGCUCAAGACCGUAGAUUUAAUGAUAAAAAGAUCUUAUAGGCUGAUAAUGGAGAAAAAACUUGGUGCCAUUGAAGAGAUAGAGGCUAAAAAGAAUAAAGUGAAAACAAUUUGGCGGAUUUUAAGGGCUUUCGAUCUUGUAGAGCCCUUUCUCAAACUGUUUUACGAAAAGAGCCUGUUUCGUCGGAUACUCUUGAUGGGUCAGGACUACCUGAAGCACAUGGAUCAUUCGUUCAAUUUAGAGAAAGUUGUUUUGGAUGAGUUAGAACUUUAUGGGACACCAGGAAAUUCUCUGCCGGAACUUUCAAGACUGCGACGUGACUUAGAACAAUCGAAGUCCCUGCAGCAAGAAUUUUGUGAAAAAUCGACCAGUCUUGUAGAGUUUGUUCCUUUAGUUUUUGAAAGAAAAAAUGUACCUAUGAACUUUUUGGAGACUCCAAAUCCCGAUGUCAAGUUACCCCCAACACUGCAGCUGCUUUGGAACCGAUUUCAAUCUUUUUAUCAGAAAAGUGACAACAAGUCUAUCCUCAAGCCCUUAAUUUUACAAAAUGCCUUACACCAUUUGGAGGUGCAAACGUUCUUUAAACUACCCGAUGGCUCGCCACUGGUGCUUGAAGUGACUUUGCUGCAAGCGAGUCUCCUGGAAAUCUUUAACUCUAAGGAGGAAGUUAACUUAGACUUGCUGAUAUCAACUCUCGAUGUGACUGCUAAUCAGGCCAAAUUGACCAUACAGUCUUUCCGAGACGUGGAUUUGCUAAAGGAAACCGAAGGCACAUUUUAUAUUAACAACGAUUUCAAGCCGGACGUGCGGAAGUUGAAAAACGGACGUCUUAGAAUAGUACAUCGUAUGGCCCACAGAUCUAUUAGCGAUCAGACCUUUAGAAUGGUGUCGAAGCAAGAAGAUACAACUUGGCUGAGAGACCUUCUGCGCGCAAAGAUUGUAGGCCUUCUGAAGCAGAAUAAGGAGGGGAUUACAUUCGAUGCACUUCGAAGAUCUGUCGAAAAAAAAACUCCGGCUUCAGUAGGGGAGAAUUUAGGACAGCUUUAUCAGAAUGUCAGGAAUACUUUGAUUUACGGAAUGGGUUGUACUACUACAAGCUCUAAUCAACAAAAAAAAUAUAUAUACUUAUGUUACUUAGUCAGUCACGAACAUUAUUAA